GAUGAGAAGAAGAAGAACAAAAAGCUGCCUCGUCUGGUGUUUGAAUGCCAACCUGACCCUUAUAAAUAUUAAUCCCAAUUCUACAUUAAGAUGCAAGUGAUUUGCGCAGUAACACCAGUUAUCGCUAAGAAACGUCCGCUGUGAUUUCCAUUUCCGUCUUUCACCGACGAACAAUAACAAAGGUCUGACUGCGUGUGCGUGUGGUUGUUGUUGUUCGACUGGUCUGGAAAAAAUACAACGCAGAAGGCCGAAAAACUGCGAAUCAGAAAUCAACAGCACCACCAUGUCGUGGUUUAAUCCCUGGGAUGGGCUAAAGACAAAGAUGUGCAGAUACCUGCUGCAGCGAUAUUUGGGUCAGUUUUUUGAGAACAAUCUGAAUUUGGAGCAGCUGAAAGUGGAUCUGUACAAUGGCAGGGCCGUGGUGGAGAAUAUCUCGCUCAAGGUGAACGCCUUCAAUGAUCUGUUCGAGGACCAGGGCUGGGCCUUUGAGGUAGUAUCCGGACACAUUGGCUGCCUGACGGUGGCGGUACCAUGGAAUGCUCUCAUGACCAACGACAGCUCGCUGGAGAUCUCCAAUCUGACGAUAACGCUACGUCCGGUGACACGCUUCCAGAGCGGCACCACCAUGCUGGAGUCCAUGUGGUCGUCGGUGAGCAGCUCCAUGCAGAUGGCCGAGGAGUGCAUGAAGCAGGUGGACGAUGAUGUGCCCUUCCUCAACCACAACAAUGCCCUUAUUGGCCUGGAGAAGUUCGCGGAGACUAUCGACAAUGUCCUAAAUCGCAUUAAGGCCAAACUCACGAAUACAACGCUCAAUAUCGAGUACCUGCUCCCGCAGUCGGACAAAAAGCUUGUUAUGUCCUUCCAGGCCAGUCACGUAGACUAUAUGAACAAAACGGGCUACGAGAGCCUCAAUCACAAUGGUGUGGACCUGAGCAGCAGCCAGACGAUGGCGGAUGACGAUGAUAGCAUUACCUCUAACUUCAAUACGCUGCCAAUGAUUGCUAAGCACAAUCUGGUGAUCGAGGGGCUGACCAUACACACUUCCGAAGUGCUGGAUAUCGACAGACACAUCCAUUCGGUGAGCGGGCCCAUCCAGUACGAGCAGCUCUGCAAGAUCGUAGAGCUCAAGGGAUCGCAGAACAUCCAGAUCAACAUCAAGCAAACCGAGAACAUUGUUGGUCCCAAAGUGAAUCUGGAGAUCAUACUGGAUGAUAUCUACUUUAUACUGACGCCGCGGCAAAUCCACCUCCUGGUGGAGAUCUCCAAGGGCUUCAGCAACAAUGAACGGCCCAAGGAUACGCUGCGCAAGACACGCUGCAAGAGCAUCAAGUCUACGACGCCGCCGAGCGAGUAUCAGCAACGCGAGCCCACCAAAAUGACGGGUAUACUCUCGCAAAAUGCCGACUGGUCCUCAGAGCCCACAGAGUACUCGAGCUAUGAAGUAGCAAACCAGGAGCCUGGAGCCACCAGGAGCGUCUACUCCAGGAGUACACAUCGCAAGAUGUGCGAAUCUGUGGGUGGAAAUUCGGCCUCCAGCAUGGUUACCUCCUGCAGCAAUGCCCAGCAAGAGAUGGGCUACACGGAAAAAUCCGGGGAGAUCCUUAAAUUCAAGAUACAGAUCUCCCAGGUCUUUGGGAUCGCCCUGCACAAUGAUAUUCUAAUCCAGAACACCGCGAGCAUCGAUAGCUAUACGCGUGUGUUCGACAGCUCUAGUUUCCAGAGCUACUCGCAGACGUCGCAGCAGUUUUUCCACCAGAACACCCAGACGGCAAACCACCUGCCGAUGGAGAACCUGAACUAUUUGCUGGUAAAAGCGGCGCCCAUUAUUGUGAGCGGAAAUCAGCAGCGCUACUUUCAGGAGCUCACCUCAAAGACCACACUCUCGGCAACGGCAGUGGACUUUUGCGAGGUGCUCGACAAUGCGAUAGACCAUCUCAUCCAGUUCGAUCGCCACCGGAACUGCCCUGAUGGCUACCACAUUCGUCCGGAGAUCGUGGUCAAUCAGAGCUCGUCGUUCCUGUUCAAGCAGAACCACAAUCGUUGCACCAACAAGAUUGAGUGUAUCUUCGAUGAGUGCACCGCAGAGCUCGACAUCUCGAUUUACGAUCGAUUGGGCGCCCUCUUCGGGCAGUCGCACUUUGCACAGAGCUCUCGGGAGAAUGAGAUCUAUCCAGAGGAUGGCAGUCUGACGGAAGUGCAAGUGAAAUGCGAGAACUUGAGGCUACAUCUGCGAUUCCCAGUAGUCGAUGGGCGGCCGCCCAACGAUCCCCACAAGAUUCCCUGGUGGAAGAAGAACGUCCGCCAGGAUUUCCUGGCCCUAGAGUUUCGGAGUUUGUUGAUCGCCUCGCGGGCCCACAUCACCAUCCUGGCGGAGGAAAUGGACGCCUUCUACUGCGAUGCUGAGAAGCAGAGUGCCAUUCCCCUGCUGAAGGGCCAUCAAAAGAACAACAAGAAGAUCCAAAUCGAUGUGCUGCAGCCCAGGGAGAACAACAACGACACCCGAACGACGGAUCAUAACAAGAAGCCCAAGCGGCGGUCGCCCUUUAGCUCCAAGUGCACCUUUGGCUACACCACCAAUGUGGAGGGUCUUGAUGGGUGUGCGGAUAAAACGGAUUCCUUUCUGCCUGGCGAGACGGAGGAGAUCAACGACUUUUGCCAGAGCUGCACGCAAUCCUCGAAGCUAAAGGUCGCGGUGUAUGUGCCUCAGAUCAAGGUGGUGUUGGAGUCUAAGCUGAUGUACGAACUGAUCUACAAUCGCCUCAAUGGCGAUCUGUUCAUGUGGGAGCCGCGUUCCCCUUACUACGACUACGAGGAAGAGGAGGAGAAGCAGAACGAAAGGGAGGAGGAGGAGCCCACCCUGGAGGAGAGUGCCAUGGAAUAUCAGAAGCACAAAUACGACAGGAGUGUUCUGCUGAGCACCAGUGCCAUGGAGAGCAGCAUCUAUUUUUCCAUGGCAGAGAAUACUCUACCCAAAUCCCAUGCCAAUCCCAAUCCCAGUCGCAGUCCCCAACUGUGCACCGAUGACGCCUUCUCCUUUGAGCUGUUUGUGGCAGAGGGAUCCCUGAUAUUAUUCUCGCACUUUGUGGAUCCCGAGACGCAACUGCGGACGCAACAAUGCGGCAAGUUUCAGGUGAAUAUCAAGGAGCUCAAGCUCUUCACCAUCAACGGACUGAACAACGAUCCGAAUCGGAGUUACUUUUGCAUUCAAUUGAGCCACGUGGAGGCGCUUCACUGUGGAAAUACCCAGCACGAUUUGCAUCUCGCCUGGAGCGAUCAUCUAGAUGCCAAUCUCCAGCCCACCAUCUACAAUUUUGGCAGGCAGGAGCAGCAUCAGGAACCCUACAGGAAGCGGCAGGAGGUGCUCUCCGUGGUGGCGGAGAUCAAGAAGCAGCCGGAGAAGCGCAUAAAACGCAUGAAGAUGUCUUUCGGUAUCAAUGGGGCCAUACUGCAGCACCAUCCCGCCUUCUCGGAGCACAAUUGGCUGAAUCAAUUGCUUGACUUUAUGGAUGUAACCGAUUUCCCCAUCGAGGCGUAUGUGCCCUUCGCUCUCGUCUCCGAGAUCCAGCUUCAUGUGUGGAAUGCGGCCAUCGACUAUCGGCCCCAGUUCUUCCCGCAUCGGGCCCUUAUUGACAUUGGCUACUGCACGCUGAGCAGCAACAUUAUAUCCUCGAUGAGCGGCUGCACCCUGCGGGUGAUUGGCGAGGACUGUGUCCUCAGCAUGGGCUCCGGCUCCGGUUCCUCCGGCUCUGAUACCCUGAUCCCCGUGCUGAAUGUCGGUCUGCUGAACAUCUCCUUCCGCCUUAACGAGGACGAUAAACAGCAGCCCAGAGUGGAUCUGCGUUCCUCCAUCCACGACAUGCACCUGAAGACCUGCUACGACUCGGCGGCGGCUCUGGCACAGCUCAUUGGCUAUGUGGCCAAUGACAAGGAUCUCAUUUCGCCCGAAGGGAGCUCACUGGAGGCCGAGAGCAAAAUUGCUGAGUCCAAGGCCAGUGAGGAGGAUCAGGUGUGCGACGACCAGACCCAGGAUCAUGUGAACAAACUGAUGGCCGAUGCCGUGAUGGAUGUGGAGAGUACGCCCGGACCAAGGCACAACAAGCUGGCGGGGAAGGAGGAGGGCAUCGAGAUCUUCUACUUCCCCGACGAACCCAAGGAGAAGGCGGAGCUGCAGAAGAAAAAGAAUAUAGCAUCCUCGCCCUCGAAGAAGAAGGAGCCCGGCGAUAUGCAGAGCAUAUCCCUGAUUGUGGAGAGUGGCCCUUCAGAGAUCUGCAACAUUGUGGACUUUGAGUCGAACGUGAUGCUCCAGUCGUACUACAAUCAGACGCUGGAACAGCCCCUGCAGCAGGUGCAGCAGGAACUGGGGGAUGUGCUCCCCCCGCUGAUGGAGGAGCGUGACUUUGACAUCAUUCACGACGAUGAGAUCUCCCGCAUGGACAAGUUCGGAGUCAAGCAGAUCUACGUGUCCGAGGAUCCGCUCCAGAUCGUGGACAAUCACUUCUGUCUGCCCCACGAGAAGGUGGAUCUGCUGAGGCCGCCCGUGAACUUUCCCAUUGCCGAGAGCAGCUACACUUUGUGCGAGAUGACCUUCACGUGGCACCUGUACGGCGGCAGGGACUUUCCAGAUCAACCCACAAUCGAUGGCAGCAGUAAGCAGACCCAGAGCGCAAGCUACGGACACAUGUCGGACACGUACAAGUACGGGGUAUCGCAGCCGCAAGGCGAGAAGGCUUCGAAGAAGGGGGUAGGUCUGCCCAAGGAGCCAAAGGGCUCGAGAAGGAACCUGGAUGUGCUGGUGGAGAUACAACUGUCGAAGAUCCGCUUUUCUUACGAGGCCUAUCCCCUCAGCUCCAUAUACUCCUCGCGGCAGGUGCUGCUCGUCUCGGAGAUCGAAAUUCGAGACCGCCUGCGCUCCUCAGACAUCAACAAGUUCCUAUAUCAUCCGAACAUCAGCAAUAUAUCCCGCCGACCCGACGAGAACAUGGUCAUUGUGAAGGCCUUGAAUGUGCGACCCAACCCUCAGAAGAGCACCGCGGAGGAGUGCUCCCUUCGGGUGUCCAUUCUGCCCAUCAAAUUGAAUAUUGACCAGGAUACGCUGCUCUUUCUGGAGGACUUCUUUUCGGCGUUGUUCAAGAACUCCUCCUCCAAUUCCAGUGCCUCAGCGAAUUCCAAAAUGGAGCUCAACUCCUCCUCCGACAUGCCCGUGAUGUCGGUGAACAAAAUGUCUGAUGCCCUGCAGGAUCUGGAGGCGAGGCAGAUUGUGGAGCGGAAUCUUGAUGUGCUCAUCGACGAGGGCAAAGACACCACCGCAGAGCUGGAGGAUGAUCCCCUGGGAGGAGAGUCGGCGCCCGUCUACUUUCGGGAGGUGAUCUUCAGCCCCGCUUUGCCCAUCUGCUUCGACUACCAUGGCCGUAGGAUCGAAUUGUCGCGUGGCCCCAUUACGGGUCUCAUUAUGGGUCUGGCCCAGCUACAGGGAUCGGGCAUCUGUCUGCGGGAGAUCGUCAACCGUCGCGGCAUCCUCGGCUGGAACAAGCUCUGCGAGUUCCUCUGCAAGGAGUGGCUAAAGGACAUCAAACGCAAUCAACUGCCGAACAUCCUGAGUGGUAUUGGGCCCACCAAUGCGGUGCUGCAGCUGUUCCAGGGCGUUUACGACCUUUUCCGGCUGCCCAUCGAGCAGUACAACAAGGAUGGGCGCAUCAUUCGAGGAUUCCAGCUGGGGGCCCAGAGUUUCACGGCUCGCACGGCCCUCGCGGCACUGGAGAUCACCUCGCGGAUCAUCCACUUGCUGCAGUUCACGGCGGAGACCACCUUCGACAUGCUGUCGGCGGGCCCGUCCCUCAAAAAGCGAUACACGAAGCGAGGCAAGAAGAAGCGUCAGGGUAGGCCCAAGGAUCUGCGCGAGGGCGUAGCCAAUGCGUACACUAUCGUCAAGGAGGGCAUCAACGACUCGGCCAAUACGCUGAUCGAGGCGGCCAUGACAGAGCACGACCAGAAGGGCUACAGUGGCGCUGUGGGAGCUGUUGUGCGGCAGAUACCCCAGCUAGUCGUCUGUCCGGCUGUCCUGGCGACGCAGGCCACAACGAACAUACUCGGCGGUGCCAAGAGCUCCCUGGUGCCGGAGGCGAAGCUCGAGGCACGCGACAAGUGGAAGCACGAGAUCCACUAAUGGAUUAAAUGGUUCAAAAAUGUAAUCUUAAGAUUAAUUCUACUUUUCUGUUCGGGACACAUAAAUUUAUCGUAUAAAAAAGAGUUGCAUAUAUAAAUAUUUUUUUAUUAUUUUACUAAAAAAAUAAACUUGUAAAUAAAAUGGUACAUAAAAAAUACUGCUGGAGGAGAUCUCUCGACGGGGAAUGCAUUAACGGACACGAGAUCUCUUCAUAAGGGACAAGAAAUCUAUUUAGAAAAUGGGAUUUUUACUUAUUUUCAUCAAAAUCAAUAAUAUUAUUAAAGUUUUAUCUAUUGA